UUUGCUACAGACUGAUCCAUAUUGCACUGGAGAAAAGUGUAUCUCCAGGACACCUGCAAUACAUUGACAACUUCAUCAUAUGAGGUAACACAGCAGAAGUUUUUGAGAAAGAUACCAAAGAUGAUGACUAGAAAGAUUAAGCUUUGGGACAUUAAUGUCCAUAUAACCUGUCAUUUAUGCAACGGAUACCUGAUUGAUGCCACCACUGUAACAGAAUGCUUACAUACUUUCUGUAGAAGCUGCUUGGUUAAGUAUUUGGAGGAAAACAACACCUGUCCAACAUGUCGGAUUGUUAUACACCAGAGCCAUCCAUUACAGUAUAUCGGUCAUGAUAGAACAAUGCAAGAUAUUGUUUACAAACUUGUGCCAGGACUCCAAGAAGCGGAAAUGAAAAAGCAGAGGGAAUUCUAUCACAAACUGGGUAUGGAAGUACCAGGGGACAUCAAAGGGGAGUCAUGCUCUGCAAAGCAACAUCUAGAUUCACAUCGCAAUGGUGAAACUAAACCAGAUGAAAAUUCAAACAAAGAAACUUCUGAAGAAAAGCAGGGAGAAGAUAAUGACUAUCAUCGAAGUGAUGAACAGGUAAGCAUCUGCUUGGAAUGCAAUAGCAGCAAAUUACGUGGAUUGAAACGAAAAUGGAUCCGCUGCUCAGCACAAGCAACAGUAUUGCAUCUAAAGAAGUUCAUUGCUAAAAAACUUAACCUUUCUUCUUUUAAUGAGCUGGAUAUAUUAUGCAAUGAAGAGAUUCUUGGCAAGGACCACACACUCAAGUUUGUAGUUGUUACUAGAUGGAGAUUUAAGAAAGCACCUCUACUGCUCCAUUACAGACCCAAAAUGGACUUGCUCUAGGAGAAAUGUAUUGUCCUUCUGGACAUCUUUUUUUGCAGAGACUGACACCUUAGUCCAGCACUUAACUUUCAUGUGACAUGAACCAGCAAAAUAAUUUUGGAACACCGUAGUACUCCUAUAGCAGACUGUCCU